AUGAGUGGAAGAGCCCGAUCUCGGGCUCGAGGGAGGGCCCGUGUCCCUGAAGUAAGUGCCCAGCCUCUUGCUCCAAGGCCGGCACCUGCUCCAGUACCAGCUCCCACAAGACCUGUAACUGCAGGGGAACCUGAACUACUUGGUCGUGGUCGACAAAGAGGGCCCUCUGGAGCAGUGGGACGUAAAGAUGUCGUUGAGGUGAUAUCUGCUGGAUUUAAAGAGAUGUCAUUGGCAGAAAGAGGGGGUCGGCGGCGAGACUUCCAUGAUCUUGGAGUUAACACUAGGAAGGCAAUGGAGCAUGUCAAGGAGUCCAAAACAGGUAUUUCCGGAAGUAUGAUACGUCUGAUAACAAACUAUAUUUGCCUAAACUCACGUCCCCAGUGGGCCCUAUAUCAAUACCAUGUGGAUUAUAACCCUCAAAUGGAAUCAAGACGUCUGCGUACUGUACUAUUGUUUAUGCAUGACAAAAUUCUUGGUACAACUCGUGUUUUUGAUGGCUCCAUCUUAUUCCUGCCUAUAAAACUGGAAAAGAAAGUCACUGAGCUACUCAGCCAGACACGUGAUGGCCAGAAUGUGAAGGUAACGGUUACUUUGACCAAUGAAUUGCCUCCGACUUCUCCAACGUGCCUUCAGUUUUACAACAUUGUAUUCAGAAGACUUUUAAAGAUGAUGUCCUUGCAGCAAAUUGGUCGAAACUAUUACAAUCCUCAGGAUCCCAUUAUGAUUCCGCAGCACAGGAUCAUGGUUUGGCCAGGUUACACCACUUCAAUUCUACAGUAUGAGAACAGUGUCAUGUUAUGUGCAGAUGUCAGUCACAAGAUUCUGCGUAGCGAAACUGUACUUGAUGUAAUGUAUCAGUUGUAUGAGCAGUUUGGUGAACAACGGUUUCAGGAGGCCUGCUCCAAGGAACUAGUCGGUGUAAUAGUUCUUACCAGGUACAACAACAAAACUUACAGAAUCGAUGAUGUUGAUUGGGUUCAGAAUCCACGAAAUACCUUUAAAAAGGCAGAUGGAUCUGAAAUCAGCUACAUGGAUUACUACAAGAAGCAAUAUAGUACAGACAUCACUGAUAUGAACCAGCCAGUACUCAUUAGUCAGCCCAAACGGCAAGGACCUGGAGGUACUACAGUUGGACCCAUCUGCCUCAUUCCAGAGUUGUGCUAUCUUACAGGUAUGACUGAUAAGAUGCGUUCCGAUUUCAAUGUUAUGAGAGAUCUGUCUGUACAUACAAGACUAGCACCAGAACAGAGAGAACAACGGUUGUGGCGUUUCAUGGACUACAUCCAAAAGGAUGAUAAUGUACAGAAGGAACUCUCCGAUUGGGGUCUCCAGUUUGAUACCAAAUUACACUCGCUGUCUGGCCGAGUAGUGCCUUCAGAGAAGAUCCACCAAGGUGGAAAAAUGUUUGACUAUAAUCCUCAAGCAGCAGAGUGGUCCAGAGAAACCCGAGGUGCUUACCUGAUUAAUCCUAUUCCACUGGAGAAUUGGGUGUUGGUUUUCACCCGAAGGAAUGCUGAUGUAGCUAGGAGCCUCUUCCAAACUCUAGGCAAAGUAGUAAAUGCAAUGGGCAUUAGGAUGGAGAAGCCAUUAAUGAUUGAGGUGGAAGAUCGCAGUGAGGCGUUUUUGAAGGCAUUGCAGUCUAAUGUUACUCAGUCUACAAGAAUUGUUGUUUGUGUUCUUCCAUCUAACCGCAAAGACAAAUAUGAUACAAUCAAGAAAUACUUGUGUGUUGAAUGCCCUACCCCGAGUCAGUGUGUCGUCGCCCGCACUUUGAGCAAGCCACAGGCAUUGAUGGCUAUUGCUACAAAAAUUGCUUUACAAAUAAAUUGUAAGAUGGGUGGUGAACUGUGGAGUGUUGAGAUACCACUCAAACAGCUUAUGGUGGUUGGAAUAGAUUGUUACCAUGAUAAUGCUGCUGGGAGAAAGUCUAUAGCGGGAUUUGUAGCCAGUCUUAAUCAAUCAAUAACAAGGUGGUUUUCUCGCUGCAUCCUACAAGAGCGUGGACAAGAACUUGUAGAUGGAUUAAAAGUUUGCUUACAAGCUGCUUUAAAGACAUGGCAUGCGUACAACAAGUGUCUACCUGGUCGUAUCAUCGUGUACCGUGAUGGAGUUGGUGAUGGGCAGCUCAACACAGUGGUGAAUUAUGAAGUUCCACAGCUGCUAGAUUGUUUGAGAUAUCUCACUGACUACAAUCCGAAGCUAUCGGUGAUUGUUGUGAAGAAGCGUGUUAAUGCAAGGUUUUUUUCACAAUCUGGUGGAAGAUUACAGAACCCACCUCCUGGCACUGUCAUUGAUACAGAUGUCACAAGACCAGAAUGGUAUGACUUCUAUAUAGUCAGCCAGUCAGUGAAAGUUGGAACAGUUACACCAACGCACUAUAAUGUAGUGUAUGACAGCAGCAACUUGAAACCAGAUUACAUGCAGCGGCUAACCUACAAGCUGUGCCACAUGUAUUACAAUUGGCCGGGUGUCAUCCGUGUGCCUGCCCCCUGCCAGUAUGCUCACAAGCUAGCCUUCUUAGUGGGACAGAGUAUUCACCGAGAACCCAGUCUGGCAUUGGCAGACCGACUUUAUUACCUGUGA